GUUUGCAUUUCUCCCUCACCGUUUCACAAAGCAAAAGCCCAAAGCUGGCAGAGGCAUUAUCGAUCGAGAGAGUGAGGAUCGCCGAAGAAGUGUCACGUUCUGCCAUCUUGUCAACGGAGACCUGGGAUUCCGGCGACAUGGUGGCCCGGAACUCGCCGGACUGGCUUCCCUCCGGCUGGGUCGUCCAAUUCAAAGUGCAGAAAACCGGUCGCAAAAUUAGGUUUUACACAAAUUUGGAAACUGGGAAGAAGUUCUUCUCCAAGGAUGAAGUUAUCCACCAUACAAAAGUUAGUAGCAGAAAAGGUAGAAGGCCUCAGCCAUCUAAUAGAAACACCAAAAGGCACUCUAGAAACAAUCCUAAGGCAGUAAGAACCAAUGAACAUCCUGAAUGGUUACCUAAAGGUUGGAAUGUGGAGGUGAGAACCCGGAACAGUGGGCCAAAAAUUGGAGCAAAGUACAAGUGUUAUCUUGAUCCAUUGACCGGAUGUAAAUUCUAUUCCAAGCCACAGGUGUUUCAAUAUCUCAAAACUUUAAAGCUGGGUAGUAGGACACCCAUAAAGAGAAAACCAGAUAUUGGUCUGCCUUUGGUUGUAGUCGAGAAGUGUACAGCGGAGGAUUUACCAGCAGGGUGGAUAAAGGAAAUCAAGACAAGAAAGAAUGCAUUGGGAAUUAGAAGGGACCCGUAUUACACAGAUCCGAGAAGUGGAUAUAAGUUCCGCUCCAAAAAGGAUGUUUUGCGCUAUCUAGAAACCGGAGAGAUUAGUAGAAAUGCAUUUAAACCAAAGGAAAGCUGCAUCAACAAUGAAGAGUUGAUUAACGGUGAAAUCUCACCAUCAACUGCAGCUAAAAGGCAGAAAUUAAAUCCCCCAGCAGCUAGACAGAGGCCUUUUGCAGGUAAGGGAAGUUCUGACAAGGACAGCUUGGUAUCGGCAGAAGCCAAGAGCUCAAGGAGAGGGCGAGCAAGUAAAGUAUCUGCUGAACAGAGGGUUGCUUUUGCUCCCACAGCUGAGAUUGUCAUAGGCAAGCAUUCAGUGGGGGAUACAAUUAAAGAGUCUGCUGAAACGAUGGAAAAUUCUAAUCCAGGGAGGUCAACAUUGCCUAAAGCUGAUGGCCCCAAGAGAAAAGGUCGACCAAAAAGUCUCCCUGCCAAUGAUGAGCGUGUUUUAACUCCUGUGGUUGAUAUCCUGCAGGAGAAGAAUGGCCUUGAGAAUAUGAAGGAAAAAAGUCUCCCUGCCAAUGAUGAGAGUGUUUUAACUCCUGCGGUUGAUAUCCUGCAGGAGAAGAAUGGCCUUGAGAAUAUGAAGGAAAAGAGCACUAGGAAAAAUCAGAUUAACUUAAACAAGUCCAAGAAGAAGAAAGAGUUUAACAUGCCUUGCCGAUCUUCGAAACGGCUUGCGGGGCUUGAACCUGAGCAGGUUGUCAACUCUGUUCGCAGUCAACAAGCUUUUCGAGUUUCAACUAGGAAGUUUAGUGAAAGUGGAGCUGGUCCAGAUGCAGGAUUGGCUCCAUGUAGUUUGUCAAAUGGAGCAUCUGAGCAGCCCAAAGAUGGGCAAGAAACUGUGAAUGAACAUCAUGCUUCUAAAGACUUGAACAAUCCAUUACAUGGAGAGCCAUCAGAGAAGAGCAAGAGGCCUCUCGAAAACCAAGCUGCUUCCAAAGAGCAACUGGAGGUGCUGGAAACCGAAACAAUGGAUGAUGAGAAACAAGAACAACCCUACUGUCCAUUUGUGAAUUCUUGGUCAGAUCCAUGCCUAGAAUUUGCAAUCAAGACUCUUACAGGUGCAUUGCCACUGGAGGACACUACUAAUAACAGGCCUGUUGAGAUCCCGCAAAACGAGAAUGCUCUUGAGGGUGGAAUAAAAAAGAGCAGCAAUAGAACCCGGGUUAAUGUGAAGAAAUCUAAGAACAAAAAAGAGCUUAAAGUACCGCCUCGGUCUUCAGGUCGACUUGCUGGAUUUGAACCUGAGAUGGCGGCCAAUUCGAUUUCCAGUAAACGAGCUCUUCAAAAUGCAAGUAGAAAGUCUCAUGAAAGUGAAGCCAUUCCACCUGUGGUUUUGGCAGAUGGACCAUCUCAGCAGCUUGAGGCUGGGCUAGCCAUGGAGCCUGCGGCACAUCAUACUUCUACAAACUUAAAUACUCCAGUACUUGGAGAAUCAUCAAACAGGAGCAAAGAGCCUCUUGAAGCCCAAGUUGUUUCCAAAGAGACACCUCAAAUGCCUCAAAGUGAAAUAAUGAUAGAACCACAGUUCUCCUUUCCUUUCGGGGAUUCUUGGUCAGACCCAUGCCUAGAAUUUGCAUUCAAAACUCUUACUGGCGCAAUACCCGUGGAAGAUAAUUUGGCAAUUCAAGGAAGCUUCCAGGAACAACUUGAUAUCUCUCACGCGCAGAGGGAUAGUAGUUUGGCAUUGCCAGAUUUUGGCUUACCCAGCUCUUUCCAAAACGACAUUUCGUUCAAUUUUGAUUCAGCAGAAAAACCUGUGUCAGGACAUGAGCCUGGAAAUGUGAGCUUGCCAAGUUGCAGUGGAGUUGGUUCUCAACAACCUUGCUUGGAAGGCAAUAAGGAUCUCCAUGGAAAUGUAAACUCCUAGAAGAAAGGCAGCUAGUUAUCUGAGAUAGUUAGUAGAAAUCUGCCUUUCGCUGUGUGUAUUUUGUAAUAUUUGUAACUAGGGCUUGAUGCUCAGUGUCAUCUGCUUAGAAGAUCUAGGGGCAAAAGCAAAAACAGGGAGGAUUUUAGUCACAGCUGUUGUAACAUUGUUUCUUUUUCAUUUUUUAGCAGAAGUUUCAAUGGAGAAUUAGG